CUCUGUGAUUGGACAAAUAGCCAUCACCGGAAGUAGCAAGGCAUUGUAGGAUAUCGCCGGCUUGCAUCAGAAACCUCAACAUGGCCGGGGAAGACGAAAAAGUAGAGACCAAGCAACCACAUUUAUCCAAGCAAGACUUAAGCACUUUGGACAUAACAAAGCUGACACCAUUAACUGCAGAAGUCAUAAGCAGACAAGCUACUAUCAACAUAGGAACUAUUGGACAUGUGGCCCAUGGGAAAUCAACAGUGGUAAAGGCCAUUUCAGGUGUACAGACUGUCAGAUUUAAAAAUGAACUGGAAAGAAACAUCACCAUUAAACUUGGCUAUGCUAAUGCAAAGAUUUACAAGUGUGAUAAGGAUUCCUGCCCAAGACCAGGAUGCUACAGAUCAUGUGGCAGUGCCACAAAUGAUGUCUUUCCAUGUGAUCGCCAAGGUUGUGGUGGCAAAUUUAGAGUGCUUAGGCAUGUUUCAUUUGUGGACUGCCCUGGGCAUGAUAUUCUUAUGGCUACCAUGUUGAACGGAGCAGCUGUGAUGGAUGCAGCUUUGCUGUUGAUAGCUGGAAAUGAGCCAUGUCCCCAGCCACAGACAUCUGAGCAUUUGGCUGCUGUGGAGAUCAUGAAACUGAAACACAUCCUGAUUCUGCAGAAUAAGAUUGAUCUGGUAAAAGAAACACAAGCUAAAGAACAGUAUGAGCAGAUUCUUGCCUUUGUGAAAGGCACAGUUGCUGAGGGUGCUCCAGUUAUUCCAGUGUCUGCUCAGCUUAAGUACAAUAUAGAUGUCAUAUGUGAGUACAUCACCAAACGUAUUCCUGUGCCAGUCCGUGACUUCACAUCAGAACCACGUCUCAUAGUUAUCAGAUCAUUUGACGUCAACAAACCAGGCUGUGAAGUGGAUGAUCUGCUUGGGGGAGUAGCUGGUGGUAGUAUCCUGAGAGGAGUUCUCAAGGUAGGGCAGGAAAUUGAGGUGCGGCCUGGCAUUGUAUCUCGUGACAAGGAGGGCAAACUUACCUGUAGGCCCAUCUUAUCUAGGAUUAUUUCCCUGUUUGCGGAACAGAAUGAUCUUCAGUAUGCAGUACCAGGUGGCCUAAUAGGUGUUGGUACAAAGCUUGAUCCAACGCUGUGUCGAGCUGACCGCCUUGUUGGACAUGUUCUUGGAGCUGUUGGCUCUUUGCCAGACAUCUAUGCGGAGCUGGAGAUCUCCUUUUUCCUCUUGCGUCGUCUUCUUGGAGUGAAGACAGAGGGAGACAAAAAAGGUGCAAAAGUUCAGAAGCUAGCCAAAAAUGAAGUUUUGAUGGUGAACAUCGGAUCCUUGUCAACUGGUGGUCGUGUUCUGGCCGUCAAGGCUGAUUUGGCAAAAAUUGGGUUGACCAACCCAGUCUGCACAGAAAUAGGCGAGAAGAUAGCUCUGAGUCGAAGGGUGGAGAAACAUUGGAGAUUGAUUGGAUGGGGGCAAAUCAGAAGAGGUGUGAGGGUUAGUCCUGAGGCACAGAACUAAGCGAGCUGAGUGAGAGGAAAACUGUUUGCAUUGUCGUAAUUUGCCAAAGUCAAAACCUAGCAGUGUCUGUGGAGAUUAGUGCCAUUCGUGGAAGCAUCUUGUCACUGACAGUGCUACCUGCAUGUGACAGGCAGCUGGGUUUAUGCGGAAGCAUGAUGGGACACAGGCUGUGGUGCAAUCUGGGAAAACCUUAUUUUCCCAUUCCUUCAGGCCAUGGCAGCAACAUCUGCACCUUUACAGUACAAUUUGUUGUAGGAUCUUGCUGCACAAUAAAUGUUGAAGUGGUUGCA